AUGGCCAAAAGAUCGGCCUCGGCCAUUGUUAAUGAUCCUUCAUUUUGGGAAUCUGGUGACGAUGAAUCAAUUGAUCGUGACAGCGAUGUAGAAGACGCUGAUUUUAUUAUUCCCAUUGAUGAAAACUCUUCCGAUUCCGAUAAUGAUUCUACUGCCGAUUUUGACAGUUCAACAAGUAGGCCUGGAAGUAAGCCCGAUGGCCAUGAUGAUGUAAAUUUUGCUGUCGGUAUUCUGACCGAAAAUGCCAGUGAAAAUGAAAUUGAUGAAACUGAAUAUGAAGUUGAAGUAAAUAGAGACUUUCUGUCGAGUGCUCUCAUUAGCUGUAUUCGGAACGCGUACAAUCUUCCAGGAUACAAGAAAGGUGGCUAUUGCAGUCAAGGUAUAAGACGAAAGAUGUCACACAUGUCUGACUUGUUCAAGGAAACACCUUCAACUACAUAUAGUCUCAGCGAAGUUGAAGAACAACCUCGGGAACAGUCUGGUUCACCAGGAGAUAUCACGGCCUAUUGGUGUAUAAUAGAUAAAGAAAAUACAUGA